CCGCUGCACGCACUCGGAACGCCUGUUCAAACCACAGCGGCGCCCAAAGAGCUGCUGCCGUCCUCCAGCGUCGGGUUCAUUUACUGCUGUACUCAGGUGAUCCUGUUGCCAUGGCAACUCUGAGAGGAAAAGCUAUACUCCUACGUUGCCUGCUGCUCUGGGCUCUCAGCAUCAGUGCGUUUGCCACAGGCCUGUCCCAGUCCCUGUGCAAGAUGAAGCUGGACUUCAGGGACUUUGACGUUGUCCUGAAGUGGGAUUGUCCCACUCUGCCCUUCAACACCACCUUUACCAUCCAAACUAAAACACAGGGAGACCGAAACUGGAGAGGCGUCACAGGGUGUGUCCGUGUGACCUCUCGGACCUGCAGCCUAUCGGAAGCAUUUGAGCACUUGGCCCUUUACAAUAUGGUCCGACUCGAGACGGAGGUCACUCCGGGCAGGCUGCACCGGAUGACCCCUGUCAAGGUCGACCUGCUCUCUCACAUGGUCUUCAGCCCCCCAUCCCUCAGUCUCUCUCUGAAGCAGUCUGUGCUGACAGUGAAGGUGCAGUUCCCUACAUCCCUCAACAGGAGGCUCUGCCCUCAUCAAAGCAACUGCUCCAUCCCCGUGGUACUUGAGCGCAUGACCACCAUUGUGGUGUACAAGAGAAAACGGCCCUCGGAGUGCCAGACGCGCACUCUUCGAGCUGUGGGUGACACCCUGAGCUGUGACUUCGAGAACCUGGAAGCAGGACAGGAGUACUGCGCCGUAGCCAACUUCACAUCCAGCAGCUCCUCAUCUCCAUCCUGCAUCUAUACACCUUUCCAGCAUCCAGUGCUGAAGCCCCUGCUGAUAGUGCUGGGAGUGUGUUGUGUCCUCCUGGCCAGUACCACAGUCUUCCUGAAAGCAAAGAGAGUAUCAUCAGAGCGCCGCUGUCUCCCCAAGACUCUGGAAUCACUGCAGGAUGAGCUGUCCAGGGAGCUGUGGGUCUUACAGGAGGACUGCGAGGGAGAUCACCUCUCCAUUUUGUCCCUGUCAUCCAGCUAUGAUUCCAUCCCCCCUCUGGCAUCUGAGGCCCUGACUGACCACCAGAUCCUGGACAAUGGCUACCACAACAACCCUUUCCUUGUGGACUCAGACUCUGGUGAAUCAGACUGGGGUAGCAGAGGUAUGACAGACCUUGCUGGGCCAGGACACGGUGCAAAUGCUGUGAGCUGGCUUUGUGACCGCAUUGCUGCCCAGUCACAGCAAUCUAAUGGCACAAGUCCACCAUCAGACGGUCACUGGGGGGUCUCUGUGAGGGUGAGGUCACCCUUGAUGUCCAGGGAUGUCCCACUGGGCUCGGUGAGGUUGGCCUCCGCAGAAGCCGAGGCACUUGAGGAGUGGAGUCACCUCUCCCAACCUGUAGAAUCCUGGGAUCCUGGAAUCUCAAAUGUGUAGCCUCUCAUCCCUUAGAAAAGAUGAUGUCCAGGCCCCCAGUCAUAAAAGCUGAACGUGAAACUGCAUUGUGAACUGUGUAGAGAUGGGAGGAACCAAAACCAAAGCAGAGCAGGUCAUGAAAAUUGCCCAGCUAUAAUAACAGUAUUUCUGUGCAAGUAGACAAACUUUCUGAAUAAACCUUGGUGCAUGGGACAGACCUUAAUGUUGGAUCAGCUUGUUGAAACUGGCACUUCCAGUCCUCUGGACUAUUCAUGGACAAUGGCUCUUAUGCUUCUAAUGGUGCAUCUGUGCCUCCUCCUCCUAUGCUGCUGGAGCAAUCCACUCCAGACUGUAGUCCAGGAUGAACUGUCCCCAGGAGGUCUUGUACAAGCAACCCUGCUUUGCCAACUGAUGGGUGAAGUACAUGAGUUGAGUUUCUACAGGAUGUCAUUUGUAAAGUGACAGGACUGGGGGGAGGUUGGGGAAUGGAAAGAUGGUCUUAGGUGGCUUUGGUGAUCUGGGACUGGCUGUGACUCAGGCAUGCUGCAUAUUUGUCUUGUGUGAGGCUGUCCAGUUGGAUGUUUGAGAUGAAUCAGGGUGGUUUUCAUUCUCAAGAUGACUCAUCAUGGUCGCAUCCCCAGAUGAUGUCCCAGCAGCAUCCCCCACCCACUCUCUGGCUGUUAUUGCUCUGAUGCUGGUGCUCUUAUGACUACAGACACCAUGGAUAGCAUCUACUUGCCUACUCAAAAGUUAAUAAUUAUUGUAAUAGAAUCCCUACAUAAACAUGAGCUGGGCUUUGGAGAAGUAAGAAGUUUGGUCAUAGUCAGGAAAUUGAAAAUACCCAUUUUUAGGUUUAUAUUGUUCGUUAAUGUGAAGUGUGAACUUGUACUUGAGUCAUAAGACACGAGUCCUAGAUCAUCAAGCUGCAACAGAGUAAUGCAAAUUUCAGCUGACAUAGACAAUAACUAAACCUUUGAUAUGAAACUAUUGCUGUCAGUAUUUUUGAUUUGCUAUGUUUAAAGUAAAUGUAAUGGAAAAACCCCAGGAAAAUAGUUUAAAAUUUCUCUUCACUCUGCUGUUUGGAAUUACUCCGCCUCACCAAAGAAAUUCAAAUAAAUGUGAAAAGAAUGAUUUACAGGGUUACUUCCAUCUUAACUGCAUGUUUAGAUUUAUGAAACCUGGACUGGCACCGUGACCUUUUCAAAGGCUGUGUGCUUGUACAUAUGUAGCAGUUUCUGUUGAUUCCAGCCACAGUUAUAUGGGUAUGAGAAGAAAAACCAAAUUUAACAUUUCUGGGGGAAAACCCUUUUUGGCCUAAAAGGUGAGAACCUAUUCCUUAAAAUUUCUUGCCACUUUUGAACUUUAUUAUCUACACAGUCAAAAGCUGAUUAAUACCGAUGUCACGAAUCUAUGGGUUAGGGUUAUGCAAAAGUCUUGGGUCUAGCUAUAAUAAAACUAAGAUUUUGCAUUAGCACUUACUUAGUUUUAAUUCUGAAGUUAAAGAAAAAUUUAAAGUUACUGGGAAAAAGUACAUAGUCUUCACAAACUCCUGUUUAAUGUUGACUCAUUCAUCCAGUAAGCAUGAGCCGCAUUUCUUGUCUUAUUGAUAAGCUGGUAGCAGCUGGGAAAAGCUGGUAGUGUAGUGGUUAGAGAUACUGCCUUUGGAGCCAAAGGUUACAGGUCUG